GUUGAGUUCAAGGUAUUCGGAACUACAAUCUGAUCUCUUUCUUGCUUCUGUACAGCAGCGCAUACCAUCUAUACCCUCAACUCAACUACACUUAACCAUGUCAUCCCAAUCCAACCCCAUCCCCACCACCAACGCAGAAUGGGACACCCUCAUCACGCAAAUCCAGUCCUCCCUACCAACAACAUACCCAACCUACGCCGUCCCGCCGACCCUGAACCAAACAAUCGACCAUACGCAGCUCUCACCCACAGCCACGCAAGCCGACAUCGACACCCUCUGCACCGAAGCCCUAACCCACAACUUCGCAACCGUCUGCGUGCGCCUCCCGCACGUCCCGCGCGCCCUCCACAACCUCACCACUGCCUCAUCUGCCCCCUCCUCAAGCGUAAGCGCAGCAAACAAACCCGGAAUCGCCUGCGUCAUCUCCUUCCCAGAGGGCACGUCCCCACCGACCGAAAAAGCCCGCGAAGCCCGCGCCGCCAUCCAAGCCGGCGCCACCGAGCUGGACAUGGUCAUGAACUACCCGCUGCUGAAGGCGGGGCAGUACAGCGCCGUGUACGAGGAUCUCCGGGCUGUGCGGGCCGCGGCGCCCGGGUCAGUCGUCGCGCUGAAGGUCAUCCUUGAGACGGCGCAGCUUGGGCCCUCUGAGAUUGUGGCUGGCAGCGUGAUUGCUUGUCUUUCUGGGGCUGAGUUUAUCAAGACUAGUACGGGGUUUAACGGGGCUGGGGCCCGGGUGGAGGAUGUGAGGGUUAUGAGGGCUGUUGCUGAGAUUUUGGGGCUUGGGACUAGGGUUAAGGCUAGUGGGGGGGUUAGGUCUGCGGGGGCUUGUAGAGAUAUGCUUUCUGCUGGGGCCCACAGGAUUGGGUCUUCUUCUGGGGUGUCUAUUAUGCUUGAUUCCGGGGAGAAUCGGGGGGAGGAGGAGGGGCAGACGUAUUAG